ACCAGCAACUCCAACAGCUGGCUGAUGGUGGUCGACCGACUCAACACCAGAAUGUCGUAUUACUUUGUGAUCGUUGGAGUUUUGGAUAAUCCGAUCUAUGAGGCGCAUCUGACGACUUCCAAGACAUCUGCAUCGUCGUCGGUUCCACCAGCGCCCCUAUCAGCGCAUCCGUCGUACUCGCUAUUGCAAGAGCUGAGUGGCCCGUUAACGACGAGUGUGACGGGAGUCGGCGGAGGGGAGGAGAAGGUAGAGAAGCAGAAGGAAGGGCCCGGUCAGGAAGACCAGUCGGCGAUCAGCUAUGCCCGCAAAGACUCCGAAAGAGGCAGACACGUUGUCCAGCUCGUCAGUCAUGCCGCACUCGACACUAUUGACGCGCUCAUCUGGGCGGAGAAAUCGAUGUACUUGAAGCAAAUCGAUCGCUUUCAUGAAUGGUCCGUCUCAGCCUGGAUUCCUCCCGGUGGGAUGCGGUUCGUCUUGCUACAUGAGAUUAAAAACAACGAUGACGGGAUCAAGAUGUUUUUCCUCGAGGCCUGGGAGUCGUUCGUGCGACACCAAUUGUCUCCCUUCUAUGAGAUCAAUUCGAGGAUCGCAAGCCCCCAGUUAGACACCCGAAUCAGAACCAGUGCUCGCAAGUUCUUGUAACGCUCCCUCAUCAUCGGGGCACCUGAAAUACGAAUCGGUAUUUGCAAUGAAAGAGAAUGACCAGUGACCGGGUGGGACUUUUAAACAAUCUCAGUAAAACGACUUAUUUUGCUAAUGCGGGAGGAACAACUAUGUAGCGGACAGAGCCUUGAUCAUAUUCUAUACUGACUCCUGGAGCAAGCAUUCUGACAUGUGGUUUGUCCACCGUUCAUAGUUCCUAAUUUGAUUGGCCGCCCCCAUCCACUAUCUCACUCUUCACAGCGCCCCUCCAUAUUUGGUAGCAUGUAAUAAACCUCUCGUCUGUUGAUACACACGAAUGUCUUGGGUUACAAGGUUCAACUCACAGUUUGGAGACUGUUGUCCUCCCAUUUCAUGGUAUCGAUCAACAGCUUGCCCAGAAGAUUGGAAACACAAUCGGACGAGGGCCCAUGGUUUAGAAAAACAUUCCUCCCCCAAGCUCAUUGACAAG